CGCGAGGACACUUUUAUUGCUCAUAUCCCUCUAGUUGUAGAAGAAGUUCUUCUUCUUAUGCAGGUUGAUGAGGAUUGCGAUUAGUUGUGUUCAAUAUCUACAAGAAAAUCGGUAAAAUGUCGCGUCUCACCUCCCCGGCAUUCUCCCCGACGAAAAAACCAGGCAAGCUGCAGCCAAUUAAAGAUCCAUCGGCGAGCGCAGGCGGCCCUGGUGGGGCAGGGGUACUAGCUGCAUCGAAAAUUACUUCCCGACAAAGACAUGGAGCUACAUCUGUCCAGGAUGUAGUUGGCCAGAACAAAGCGGCCCUGGCAUCCACCACGCCUGGCCCUAAAUUCAGCCUGAGUCUUCUCCGUCUAGAAGCGCGGGAUCUGGAACUCGUCGCACCCUUGAGUUUUUCGAAAAACACGGAGCUCUACUUCGUCAUGAAGGUGAACGGAAUUCACUGCUUCACUUCUCACGUCGUACGAAGCAAGGAGAUGGAAAAGUUAUUCUUGAAAAACAACUAUCCAGUCGCCGCAGGCGCGAACAGCAUUUUUUCAUGGCACGGUGGUGGAGCGGCAGGAACAAUCGAUGAUGGGGACGAGUCGUCACGCCAUCGAAAAUCCCGCCGGAGCUGCACAAAAACGGAUUUACUGCAUCAGUGGCGCGGGUUGGAGGAGGUCGAGUCUGUUUCCAUUUACCUCUUCAGGGUGGUUUCGGCCACACCGGUUGAAAGCGAUUAUACGAAUGAGGUUGCGAAGAGACAGACGCGAGAAGGUGGAGCUCGAAGCGAGAGAACGAAAGUAGCCGAAAUUAAAGGUGGAGGUAGGCAAAGCGAUCAGGAUCAUGAUGCCACUGAAUCAGUAGAAGAAUCACCGAUCGCAAGGGCCCUCCGACGCACCUUGCAGGAGCAGGAGGUAAUGUUGGCCUCUUCGCAGCAGGCUCCGCGAGGUCCUGCUGGAACAGAGGUAGUCGUACCCAUAGCAGCAGUGGCGUGUGACUACAAUAUGCAUGAAAACCCCGAGAUGUUGCAUGAUGAGGACGAGGAGCACGAGUCUCCUAUCUGCAAUGAGGAAACCGCCGACGCAAACGACUUCCUUCAGGGGAAUCUUGCAGAGUUUCAUCCCUCGUCUAGUUCCAAACAUCCAGCAGCACCAACAGAAACUGCAGGAGGUCCUGAUGACGCUACUUCCACGAGCGGCAAUAAUUUUCUCGCCGACUUUGUUUCGUCGGGUGCUGGUCAACAAAAACUGUCUAGAUCGUCCAAAGGAGCGGGCGACAAGAGUCUUCCGAAGGUUUUGGACUCUCUGGGAUUCGACAAUGCUGAUCCAGGUCACGAGGGCGGCGCUACCUCAAGCGAGGAAAGCGAAGAGGACGCAGCUGCGGCGAAACUUCUCGCUGCCCUGCUUCGGGAAGACGACAGUGAGGACGAGGAAGUGGACAUAGAGCAGCAGGAUGAGGCCAGCAACAUCCCCUCUGCGGACGCAGAUGACGACGAGAAACACGACGCGACGAGAGAGCAGCAAGACGAGCUGCUAGGGAAGAGCUCGUCCUCGGCAGACGAUGGCGGGGAGGACGUUGGAAGUAGCGGCAACAGUUUCGACGCGGCGGUUUCUGGCUCUGCAGCAGGGGCACAGCACUUUCAACUUUUUGGCGGGACGAAGGAGGCGGAGGAGGGGGAGCUACAGAGUGACCAGGGCAGUGAACAAGGGGAAGCUCGCCCUGCAAUAAAUGCGAAUACGCUAGAACCACCCCAAUCAAAAACACGCGACGAUCCACCGCCCGAAGAGUCGUACAGCGAGGAAGAAGACGCGUUUGACGAGGAUGUUGACGAUGGGGAAGCUGAACAGGGGGAGCUCUCCCAAGCCCAAGCACAAAUCCAAGCACCAGCAAGCCGGGAGCUUCUAUCCUCUUCCUCCAAAAGCUCAACGUCCGUCGAAGUCGAAGGCUCGUCCGACGAGGACGAUGGAGGUCUCAACGCCGCCAUCCUGGGUUCGAGUCCGGUAAACGCCACGAAAAAAGACGAUUUGUUUCGGAAUCAAAACGAAGAGGAGGAGGAUGACGAGCCGGGUGAUAGCCUCGACCUCCCCGGCGCAUCAGCGUCCUCCUCGAAAAACAGCUCAUCAGAAGACCCUCCUGUGAAAAGCAGCAAUACAGAGGAAGAGGAAGAGCCGGGAAGCUUUCAGCUUGAGGAGGACGCUGAGAAUCAGGACCAAAAGAACGACAGCGACGACGACGAAUUUGGCUUGGACGCUUUCCUCGGCCUUGGAGGCGGGAACAAAACUACUUCGGAGGAAGAACAACCUGAAGAUUUUUUUGCCGCGGCAUUUUACGCCGACGGAGAUCACAACCAGGAAGUACCGGCUUCACCGGUAGAAGGGGCCAGCAAUACCACUGUUCGCUACGGACGGCCACUGGGCGUCAUGAAGAUUGUUCUGAAGAAAGGCGGCGUAGGAGGGGGGUCAAGCUUGUCCUCGUCUUCAUCUUCCCAGUCGCAUCAUCUUCUUAGCAACGAGUUCUACGAGCUUCCGCAGGGUAUCUGGUCCCCCGCGGACUGCCCAGUUGCGGAACCGUAUGCGGCGAACAAAAUCGAAGAGGAUCCCAGGGAGUUCGUCACCCCCGCUGCUUUGAACCAACAGGACGGACAGAUGUUGAGCCGGCAGGGUCCGAAGCUGAAAGUUGUAGUGAAAAUUGAGCUGGACGAGGACUACUGUUCGGCGGCAGACCACUUCUACGCAGGUGGAAAAACGAACAGCAGCAAACCGCGGGAAGGGAGCGCUGCGCCGCUGCUUCGGGAUGUGGAUCGAUUGUUGGAGAACGUUUUGCUGCCAUCGUCUUCAUCGUCGAAGAAGAGCUCAAAGGAGAAAACAACUAGCCGCGCUGAGACGAGCAAGGAUAAAGAAAAUGACGGGGCCCGCUCAACCACAAAACCAACCGCGGCGCCAUUGCAGCCGACCAGUAGCUUCCAGCAGUCUGUGCUUUCAGCGAAAAACUCCUACAAGGCGACUGCUUUGUCCACUUCUUCCACCACCACGACCAUUUUCGACAGCAAGCGUGCCCCCGCGUUGCGGAAGAACAUUCCACCAGACGCGAAAUUGUCCGACAUCCGCCGAUGGAGCGCGGAUUUGCGGGCGUUGAUUCUGAAGCAAAAUGAGCAGAUCGAGUACUUGACCGAGCGGGUAGCGGACUUGGAAGGGGAGGAGAGGGACAGCUUUCUGCGCGGUGGUGUGGGUCGCGGAAGAGGACAAGGGGGUAAAAAUGCGAAGGCAAAAUCCCUCCAAGCGAACCCUCGCGUCACGAGCGACGAUUUGCUCUACAUCCGCAAGUGGCCCCACAUUCGGGCGGAUCUGCGGGGGCAGAUUCUACCCAGCGAACCGCUGGAAGUAUUGGCCGUUGUGGACGACGGCUCGUGGGCUUUGAUUCGACGCUUAGCUCCGAAGAACAGCACGACAACUACCGGGAGUAGCAGCAGCUUGAGCAAGCAAAGCAAGAUCAAGAAAUCUGCGAUGAACGAGGGGGAGGGGUUUGUUGAGACGGCCAGUUUGCAACCGCUGCCGCUGAACUACGAGUUGCGGGAGAAGGUUUUUGCUGUGGGAAGGACCACAGGUGGUGCUGAUGCGGUGGCGCAACCAAGCGGAAGUGGGAAGAGCAAAAACGGAGAGGACGAAAGCUUGGCGCUGCAAGAUUUCUUUCACGAUAUGGACCAGGACCGGGACAAGGCGGUGACGAAAAAAGAGUUUUUGAACGCCAUGCGCAAAUUGAACAUCGACAAUGGGGAAUUGUUGUGGAGAAAAUCGGUGCCGCGUGCUGCAGGUGGCAAGUCAUCAGAGGACCAGUUGAUGACGUAUCAGACUUUCGUGAAGCUGGUGUCUUCCUCUUCAAAUCAGCAAAGAUUGUAGUCUAGUUGCAAAGCACGACCGUGGGUGUGUGUUGUUUCUCAUUUUCUGAGUCCUCGGUGAGUAUUGAUGCCUAGCAUUUGCACGGACAAGCACGAGUCGC